AGUAAGGCGUAGCCUCGCUUCUGGAAUAAAUUGACAGAUUCCUUAAGAUUUCUUUGCAUUUUUCCGGCACUGUAAGGAAAAGUUCAGCUAUAAAACGUCUGGUGAUUUAUAAGCAUUUAGUGUUAAUCCUCGUGAGAACAGUGGCUUUAGCAGUAACGAUCCCAUAGCCGCGCAUCCAUAAUGCGAUGUUGCGCUGAGCAUGUGGGAGAACGCGAAAGGGGUGGAGUUCGGCUUCUCCACUUUACCAGCGCUCCAGUGUGGCUCACAGAGCUCUCACCGCAAGUGCGCACUUUCGCAUUCCUCUGCGCUCUGCAGCAGCCCCACUUCCCAUCAGCCCGCCUGGAACUGUAGAGCGCAUCGCGGCUCAUCUCUGCUCCAGUCUUCUCCGUCUGCUCGCGGUGAUACUGCGCUAGAGCCUUCGUUGCAAAGUGAAGCUGCGGGAGGCAGCCAGCUUCCCCGCGCCCAUGGAGGGAGACGGGAUGGACAAGCUGGAGCGCAUGGCCUCCGUGUGCGAGUUCGACCCAAUCACCGGCAACAUCCCCGCCACCAAAGUGGAAAUCAGUGUCUCCUGCAGAAACCUGCUAGAUCGAGACACUUUCUCCAAAUCUGAUCCAUUAUGUAUCCUGUAUACUCAGGGAGUGGAGUCGAAACAGUGGCGAGAGUUCGGGAGGACAGAAGUGAUUGACAACACACUCAACCCAGACUUUGUGAGGAAGUACAUUCUGGACUAUUUUUUUGAGGAGAAGCAAAAUCUGCGUUUUGACAUAUAUGACAUUGAUUCCAAAAGUCCUGACCUGGCCAAGCAUCCCUCCGAAUUCAACGACUUCCUGGGUCAGACCUUCUGCACUCUGGGUGAGAUAGUGGGAUCUCCAGCCAGUCGACUGGAAAAGCCUCUGGGGGGUAUUCCGGGGAAAAAAUGUGGCACCAUCAUUUUAACAGCAGAGGAACUGGGAAACUGCAGGGACUGUGUCACUAUGCAAUUCUGUGCCAAUAAGCUGGACAAGAAAGACUUCUUUGGUCGCUCAGAUCCUUUCAUGGUGUUCUACCGGAGUAAUGAGGAUGGAACGUUUACUAUCUGUCAUAAGACUGAGGUGAUGAAAAACACACUCAACCCUGUGUGGAAACCUUUCAGCAUUCCUGUGAGAGCCCUCUGCAACGGAGACUAUGAUAGGUCAAUUAAGGUGGAAAUAUAUGAUUGGGACAGGGAUGGCAGCCAUGACUUCAUUGGAGAAUUUACCACUAGCUACCGGGAGCUGUCACGGGGCCAGAGUCAGUUCAAUGUUUAUGAGGUGGUGAAUGCCAAAAAGAAAACAAAGAAAAGAAGAUACAUCAACUCUGGAACAGUGACGUUGCUUUCGUUCUCCGUUGAGGCGGAACACACUUUCCUAGAUUACAUCAAAGCAGGCACUCAGAUCCAUUUCACCGUGGCUAUUGAUUUCACAGCUUCCAAUGGGAACCCAUCUCAGUCCACAUCUCUCCAUUAUAUGAACCCAUACCAGAUGAACGCCUAUGCUAUGGCACUAAAGGCUGUCGGGGAGAUCAUCCAGGAUUAUGACAGUGAUAAGAUGUUCCCUGCACUGGGCUUUGGAGCCAAACUCCCCCCUGAUGGCAGAGUGUCUCACGAGUUCCCCCUGAAUGGUAAUGUAGAUAACCCAUACUGUAAUGGCAUGGAGGGCAUUCUAGAGGCAUACCACCAGAGUCUCAAGACAGUUCAGCUUUAUGGACCAACUAACUUUGCCCCAGUCAUCAAUCACGUAGCGAGAUAUGCAGCAGUAGUGGAAGACGGCUCACAGUACUUUGUGCUCCUCAUCAUCACAGAUGGAGUUAUAUCAGACAUGGCUCAGACCAAAGAAGCCAUCGUCAAUGCUGCUAAACUCCCAAUGUCCAUCAUAAUUGUUGGAGUUGGCCAGGCUGAGUUUGAUGCCAUGGUUGAGUUGGAUGGUGAUGACAUCAGAAUAUCCUCAAGAGGGAAGCUGGCAGAAAGGGACAUUGUUCAGUUUGUGCCAUUCCGGGACUACAUGGACCGGACAGGGAACCAUGUCCUCAGCAUGGCACGGCUAGCCAAAGAUGUCCUGGCGGAGAUCCCCGAUCAGUUAAUCUCUUACAUGAAAUCGAGAGGCAUCAAACCCAACCAGACUCCACCAGACUGUAGCCCUGCUGUGCUCAGUCCAACUUCUACUAUCUGAGUUGAAACAGGUCCAGUUCAGACCAGAGAAAACAGGUCAUGGCCACACGCAUCCCUCUCCACAUCUGGAUCUUUUCACAACCAAUCCAGCAGUCUCUCUACAGGUGGACAUGCUAUACAGCACAAAUAAUCAAGCAAUGGCCACAGGGUAUGGCUCAUACUCCCUUCAGAGUCUGAACAACAAGCAGUGACACUCUAUUUGAGUUUAUCUGAUUUGUUUCAGUGGUAAGAACACUUUUAAAACUUUUAAAACUGUUCAAUAUGAAAAAUACAUCAGUACAUGGACAUGAUGUGGAUAUUCCUUUGAGCAUAGUUUGCUUUCUCAUUUUGGAGCUUGUUCACUACCUGUUCUACAGAGUUUGAGACUUAUAGACUUCUUUUUAGGAGUCAGUAUAUCCUAAGUAAGAGAUGCUCUCCAGAGUCAAUUGCCUUGUUUCUUCAUUUGUUUUUGUUCGCUUGCACGUCACAGCAGCAUCAGGUUUAUAAUAUCACUGUUUUAGGACAGAGUAAUGUUCUAGGGCAUGUCAGUCAGCUAUGGGAUUUGUAAAUAUAUGCCAAGGAGUGAAUAAUUUGGACAGCUACUAGUGGUUGCGGUAAGAUAUCAGAUGAUUUUAACUGUACAAUGCCCUAGAUAGGCUUGCAAUAUAGUAGAAUAUUCACAUUGUGUUAAUUUGGAGAUACAUUUGGGGAAUGUUAGGGUUUUUUUUUUUUGAGAUUUGGGAAAUUAGGAGUAAAAUUUUCAAUGUGGCAUCUCAGUGCAGACUUAAGUUACAAUUUUGAGAAAAUAUGGAAACGUAUUCAGGUAUCAAAAGAUCAUUUAACAAAUCCCAUAAACCCAAGUGCAUGAAAAGCACAAGUGUUUUCUUAAUGGUCUAAAAUUUCUAAAGCAAAAUAAAUAUAUAACAUAUCACAGAAUAUGCUUCAAGAGGCACAACUGUAGUUCAGACUAACUAAAAUCUUGCAGGUUCUUGGUAUCUUUGGUCAUUUUCAUCUAAAUUUUUUAAGGAUACACAAAGGCCCAUGUUGGAUUCACUAGGCAGAACUGUAAUAAUUGUUAAUAAUCUUAUUUCUAGUUUUUGACAGUUAAAUAUAUAAGAGUGUUAAGUUAGAAUAGGUGCUUACUGGGAGAAUUGCGGUGCAUCGACACUCUUGAUGAACAGCAGGGCUUAAUCUCUAUUACUGCCGUAUUCUGAUGUGUAUCCCCAACGAUGCUGGAAUUUUGCCCCAAUUUUUAUGCAUUUUAAACUUUGAGCUCUCACUUUUCUAUUAAAAUCCUCAGUGAUAACUGUGAGAUAGACUGUGAGAUUAGACAGAGGCUGCUUGAAUUAUGUAAAGCUAGACUCAAACAAUUAGUGAACAUAAAUUAUUGUAAUUUAAUUAGUUACAUGGAAUUUUCCAAUUCCAUUCAACGCUGGCUUCAUACGGUUUAGUGUGACCUUUGAUUUGAUGGAAUGCAAUUAUUCCAUUAAAUCAAAGGUCUGCUUGAUAGAGUGACCUGUGCAUUUUACAUCCUGACCUAAUGGCUGAUUUUUUCCCUCCCUAUGUGAUGAUCUUUAUUGAUGUUUUGAUAUAAAUUGGGUGCAAUAACUGAUGUCUCAUAAAUGUUUAAUAAGGAUAUGCAUGUUAAAUAGCCUUAUGUUGUUACUAUUUGCAGUUAGCCUAGUCCUGAAAAUGAUCUGGUAAACCUCAGAAAGUGUGUUUGAUCAAAGUGGUAGGUUUACAAAAAACAAUUUUGUAUCAGUUCAGUCACAAUGAGCGUGGAUAGUAUUUUGACUUACCUGGCCAACUGAUACUAGGCAGCCAUGCACAUUAUUUUGGUAAACCUUUUACCAGGGAAAUGCGUGAAUGAAUCGUUAGUCAUUCCAGUGCAUUUCUUUAUUUUGUUGGACUCAAUUUUGGUUGUUUCGAAUUUAGUCCUCUUGUUAUCUUUUUUGUCAAAUUUGUUGUAUUAUAAUUUGAUUUUAAUGAUUUUAAUCAUUUUUGUUGUAUAAAUUCACAUGCUGGAUGAUACUGGAUUCAGUUCAUAAUGAAGAAGAGCAAACCAUUCUUUCAUCACUAGAUACUGACUUCGUCACAGCCUUUUCAAACAAAGAACAUCUGCUUGAGGAGAUAAGGACAACUGAAAAAUUACACCAGACAUGUAGAGACAAAAUAGUACCAGUAUUUUUUCUUUGACAAGGUGCCACCCAUCAAGUGCCAAUGCUUGCCCUAUGAGAUGUGCAUGCUGGGACUAAAAUAUCUGAAGGGUUUUGUGAAAACUGCUUCUUCCUUCUCGUGUGCAGCACUACAGUGAGAGGUCAUCCAGUGCAGCUUUUCCGCAUGACCGAACUCAUUGUUUUGGCUUAAGUUUCUUUUUCUGUGCUUUUGUUCUCUUUUACACCUCUCUAGAUCUCGGUCAAUAUGCAUGAUUAACAGUUUUCCAAACCGAACGUAAAGCAUUGCUGUCGUCAUUUCCAUGGUUUUUGUGAAGUUUGUAAUGGAUUACCUUAAAAGGAAUAAAAACAGUGGCAACUUUUACAAAAGGUAUAAGUACUGUUUGUGUGUUCAUUAAUAAGGCAGUAACAAUCAAUACUAAACACUAAGAUUGUUUAAAGGUGUAAAGCGAGACUGCAACAAUUAUACUGGAGCCAAGUGUGGACUUUUAGUACCUCUAUUUUCUUUGGAAGAUGAGAAAUUGAUUACUAGUUGCUUAAAUUGCUCAGAUAAAUGUAUCACAUGUAAAAGUCUUUCAAUCCAUUUUUAUUUAUUAGCAUGCUAAGUUGUAAAAUUGAGUUUUUCUUGGGUAGAGCUACUGCUGAUGCAUAGGCAUGAACAUAAAUUAGAUCUUGGUUGGUAAUAUGUACCCUGCACACCACUGUCUCUCCAAUCAAAAUAGUCUCUCUCUAUCUUUAUUAAUUGGAUUGCCUGUUUUUCAGAUGUGGUGUGCCAGCUGUUUGGUAUAAAAAGACAUUUCAACAGAAGGGCCCUGACAAAACAACACUAGUGCU